GGCGCCGUCGCUGAGGCCCGCAGAGCAGAAGGAGAAGGAGGAGGCGGCGGCAGCGGCUGGAGGCCCCCGAGGCCUCUCCGGGAGGCGGAAUGUGGCGGGCGCGCCGGGCCGCGGAGGCCUGCGAGGUCUGCCAAAGCCUGGUGAAUGCUCACUACACGGUUCAAGGGCCUCUCCCGCUGCUGAGGCUGCAUCUCCCUUCCCGGAGCCUUCACCACCUGCGUCCUCUGCCGGCCAGACCUCGGAGGCCUCAGCUCCCGGGCUCGCGUCAGCCCUUCUCCUCCCUCGGUCCCCUCCCUCUCCGAAGAUGGAAGCUCUCUCCAGCCAAGCCCGGCUACCAGCCACGGAGGCACUUCUGGCCGGCCCGCCUGGCGGCCAGGCUCCUCCGGCUCCGCUACCUGCUCUUGGGCUCGGCGGUCGGUGGCGGCUAUACAGCCAAGAAGACCUUUGACCAGUGGAAGGACAUGGUGCCCGACCUCAGCGACUACAAGUGGAUCGUGCCUGACUUUGUGUGGCAGCUGGAUGAGUACAUCGACCUGGAGAAGCUUAGUAAGGCCCUUCCAGAUUCGGAAUCCCUGGCGAAGCUGCUUCCAGACUUGGACAAGCUCUCGGGAAGCUUCAGCCUGCUCAAGGACUUCUUCUCCACAGGUCACACAUUGGUUAGUGAAGUCACAGGAGUUUCUGACCCACUUCUGUUGUUAGGUACCUCGGGAGAGACAGCGUUUCGAGCGACAGAUGCAUCAGAAAGCGACAGGCAGUUUAAGAAGGGCCUGCUUGGUGAGCUCAUUAUCUUAGAGCAGCAAAUCCGCGAACAUGAAGAGGAAGCGCGCAGAGCAGCUGGCCAGUAUAACACAGGCUAUUCCCAGCAGAAGCGCAAGGUGUCGGACAAGGAGAAAGUGGAGCAGCUUCAGGAGGAGCUCUUACGUACCCAGUUGAAAUAUCAGAGAAUCUUGGAACGUUUAGAGAAAGAGAACAAAGAACUGAGAAAACUAGUGUUGCAGAAAGACGACAAAGGCAUCCAUCACAGGCACCUCAAGAAAUCUCUGAUCGACAUGUAUUCUGAAGUGCUGGACGUGCUUUCUGACUAUGAUGCCAGUUACAACACCCAAGACCACCUGCCCCGGGUUGUGGUGGUAGGGGACCAGAGUGCCGGGAAGACCAGUGUCUUAGAGAUGAUUGCCCAAGCUCGGAUAUUCCCUCGUGGCUCUGGGGAGAUGAUGACACGUUCUCCGGUUAAGGUGACGCUUAGUGAAGGCCCUCACCACGUGGCCCUGUUUAAAGAUAGUUCUCGGGAAUUUGACCUGACCAAAGAGGAAGAUCUUGCAGCAUUAAGGCGAGAGAUAGAGCUCCGAAUGAGGAAAAACGUGAAGGAAGGCUGCACUGUGAGCCCUGAGACCAUCUCUCUGAAUGUCAAAGGGCCUGGACUGCAGAGGAUGGUCCUGGUGGACUUACCUGGGGUCAUUAAUACGGUGACAUCGGGUAUGGCUCCGGACACAAAAGAGACCAUCUUCAGCAUCAGCAAAGCCUACAUGCAGAAUCCCAACGCCAUCAUCCUCUGUAUCCAAGAUGGGUCUGUGGAUGCCGAGCGCAGCAUUGUCACGGACCUGGUCAGCCAGAUGGACCCUCAUGGCAGAAGGACGAUAUUUGUGCUGACCAAAGUCGACCUGGCGGAGAAGAACGUGGCCAGCCCCAGCAGGAUUCAGCAGAUAAUUGAAGGAAAGCUUUUCCCAAUGAAAGCUCUGGGUUACUUUGCUGUCGUCACAGGAAAAGGAAACAGCUCUGAAAGUAUCGAGGCCAUCAGGGAUUAUGAAGAGGAAUUUUUCCAGAAUUCAAAACUCUUAAAGACGAGUAUGUUGAAGGCCCAUCAGGUGACGACCAGGAACCUCAGCCUUGCGGUGUCCGACUGCUUUUGGAAGAUGGUGCGCGAGUCUGUGGAGCAGCAGGCGGACUCUUUCAAAGCGACGCGUUUUAACCUUGAAACCGAAUGGAAGAAUAACUUUCCCCGUCUUCGAGAACUUGACCGGAAUGAACUCUUUGAGAAAGCCAAGAAUGAAAUACUAGAUGAAGUCAUCAGUCUGAGCCAGGUGACGCCGAAACAUUGGGAGGAGAUCCUCCAGCAGAUGUUAUGGGAGAGGGUGUCAACCCACGUGAUCGAGAACAUCUACCUGCCUGCUGCCCAGACCAUGAACUCAGGAACUUUCAAUACCACGGUGGACAUCAAGCUGAAGCAGUGGACCGACAAGCAGCUGCCUGCCAAAGCGGUCGAGGUGGCUUGGGAGACGCUGCAGGAAGAGUUUUCUCGCUUCAUGACAGAGCCGAAAGGAAAAGAACACGACGACAUCUUUGACAAGCUCAAGCAGGAGGUCAAGGAGGAGAGCGUCAAGCGGCACAAGUGGAAUGACUUUGCCGAGGACAGCCUGAGGGUUAUCCAGCACAACGCCCUGGAGGAUCGCUCCAUCACCGACAAGCAGCAGUGGGAUGCAGCCAUCUACUUCAUGGAGGAGGCCCUCCGUGGGCGGCUCCGGGACACGGAAGCUGUCCUUGAAAACAUGGUGGGUCCAGAUUGGAAAAAGAGGUGGAUGAACUGGAUGGGACGGACCCAAGAACAGUCUGUUCACAACGAAACCAAAAACGAAUUGGAAAAGAUGUUGAAGUGUAACGAGGAGCACCCAGCUUACCUCGCCAGCGAUGAAAUCACCACGGUCCGCAAGAACCUGGAGUCCCGAGGAGUCGAAGUGGACCCAUGUUUGAUUAAGGACACAUGGCACCAGGUUUAUAGAAGGCAUUUCUUGAAAACGGCCCUGAGCCACUGCAAUCUCUGUCGCCGAGGCUUUUAUUACUACCAGAGGCAUUUUGUGGACUCUGAGUUGGAGUGCAAUGAUGUCGUCCUCUUCUGGCGCAUCCAACGCAUGCUGUCCAUCACGGCCAAUACCCUGCGGCAGCAGCUCACCAACACUGAAGUCCGGCGGCUGGAGAAGAACGUCAAAGAGGUGUUGGAAGACUUCGCCGAAGACAGCGAAAAGAAGAUGAAGCUGCUCACAGGGAAAAGGGUCCAGCUGGCAGAAGACCUCAAGAAAGUGAGAGAAAUUCAAGAAAAACUAGAUGCUUUCAUUGAAGCUCUUCACCAGGAGAAAUAAAUAAUAGAAUCCCUCCCAGCAGCAGCUGCCUCUGAGGACAGCGAACAGAG